AAAACGACCUUCAGGGCCGCCGCAUGGACCGGCUGUUCUUUACAUCCAUUCGCCAGUAAUAUCUUCUCAGGGAAAGGGAACAUAGUGGACGACGUGUCAGGGCAAGGAGGGAAAACAAACAACUAAUAUAAGGCGGACGUACUACUCUCAGGAACUGGAAUUAGAACUCUAGGAAUAGCCCCCAUAUUCUUAGAAUCAACCACAAUGAGGGAACUUCGCCGUGUCUCGGGCCUCAUAUUCGGCAGGUCACCAAGACCAGAGGAUCCAGAGAACCCCCAAAUUCUACAAGAUGCGCCCACCCCGGCCUCACAAUCGUCGUCACGAUUCGGCGCGUUACAGAACAACGUCCGGUCAAUGGUCAAUGGCUCAUCGAUCUAUUCGGAAUCGCCUGUACCAUCGAACAACAACACACCAAAGAUCCCAUUCCUAGGAUUCCUGGGUCGACGGUCACCAGCGCCUCCAGCACCGAUCGUUAUACCAGACAAUGAACCUCCUCGCGGCUCUCAUGAUUCUCGGUCGCCAUUGCGACCCCAGCACACAGCCGGGUCGUACAUGCGUACAAUUGCGCCGUUUCCAAGAACUCCGCAAGAGCCUCAGCCAGCGUUUCAACCCCAGGACCAUGUACACCGGCAUCCGGCCGACGUGCCUCUUCGCCAUCCAGCCGACGUCCAGCUUGGACACGUAGAAGGCGUAGACCCAGAGACGGCCAUGCUCCAGAAUGAAAUCCACAACCACAGGCGCCGACGCCGGCGCCGCCAUCAUCGACGACCAAAGCCGAAUUCGCACCAGCGUUCAGGACGACCGACUCACUGGGUGCGACGAGCGCAACGGGAUCGUCGAGCUUUCUGCUGUGGCUUCAUUACCACGCAGGCAGCGAGGGCGAAAGCAUUGUCCUGCAUCCUCUCAGGGACGUUUCUCCUGAUCGUCCUAGCAAUCUACCUCGCUCUAGCCCUGACAAACCGCUCUCUGGGCCAGGAAAUCCACAUCCUCUUCAUCAUGGUCGUGCUCGCAACGACCAUCUUCUUCUGCCACUCACUAAUCCGCAUGAUCAUGCUCAUCCUGCGACCCCCGCCAGAAGCCCCCAGCAUCCCCUCCAUGAUGGGCGGCGAAGAAGGCUUCCGGCCCAUUCGCCCCAUCCGCGUCCACCUAGCCCGCGACGAGGAAUACACCGACCACGACCCCAACACCACCAACCGCGACAACACGCCGUCCGACGACGCAAACGCCGACACAGACGACAACUCCGACAACGACCUCGAGAAAGAGAAACCCCUCCAACCACCACCCCCCGCCUACGGCCUCUGGCGAAGCAGCGUCCGCGUCGACCCCAACCUCCUCCACUGGCGCCGUGUUGAGACGCCCCCCGCAAGCGCAACGCACCCCCCUCCCUCCUCCUCCAUCGCCAUGUUCCCCAACCGCGCAUCGCAGAUCCCGCCUCUCUCCCUCCCCACGAGCCCCCUCUACCCAGUGGCCAGCUCCCAACAACCCAGCCCCACAUCUCCCUCCCAUCACCAACGACAUGGAAGUCGCGGACAGCGACGGCAGGACCCCCGCCCCCCAAGCUACGCUUCAGAAGACGGCGUCAGCUACGUCGUCGAAGCCGCGCCGCGCUCCACGGCACCGGCAUCCUCGGGCGUCAGCGACAUCCAUCCCGCGUGGCGACCGGGAGGCUACGCGAUCAGCGAGAUACGCCCCAAUGAAUUCCCAGCCGCUGUCGGCGUCGCUGCGGGAAGGGGGGGCCGAAUAUGAUGAUCAAAUCAACCCAUCAUCAAAAGCAAAAAUAAAACAAAAUAAAAUCAAUAAACAAACGAGCAAAGGAAAGGAGAAGGGGGAAACAUGCAUACCCAAGC